CCGUGCCCGCCGAGCCGAGAGCGGUGAUGCGAGCCCGGCCCGGCCCUCCCCGCUCGCCGAGCCAGUCCUGCCGCGUCGGGAGCCGCGGUGCGCAGGGCCCGCCCCGGCGGCGCUGCCCGGCUGGUUCCGCAAGUUUGUGACAGCUCCUUCACGGGAAGCCGAGGCUGCCGCGGCGCUGCGCUGGGGCCGGGGCGCUCCGCAGGACCGAGCUCUCCCCGCCGGCACCAUGUCCCGGGACCCCGAGGAGGUGAACAAGCUGACGGAGAGCACGUACAAAAAUGUUAUGGAACAGUUCAAUCCCGGACUGAGGAAUUUAAUAAAUCUGGGGAAGAAUUAUGAAAAAGCUGUUAAUGUUAUGGUAGUGGCUGGAAGAGCAUAUUAUGAUAGCCUUGCAAAGAUUGGAGACAUAUCAGCAGAUUCUCCAGUUUCAAAAGAAUUAGGCCAAGUUCUGGUAGAAAUCUCAAGAACGCACAAGAAACUUAAUGACAGUCUAGAAGAGAGUUUUAAAAAAUUUCACAAAGAAAUUAUAUCUGAACUGGAGAAGAAAACAGACCUGGAUGUAAAAUAUAUGACUGCAACUUUAAAAAGGUACCAAACUGAACACAGAAGCAAACUGGAUUCUUUAGAGAAGUCUCAGGCUGAGCUGAAAAAAAUCAGAAGGAAAAGCCAAGGAGCACGAAAUGUAACCAAGUAUGAGCAUAAAGAAAUGGAGUAUUUGGAAACAGUGACCUCUCGACAAAGCGAUAUUCAGAGAUUUAUUGCAGAAGGCUGCAGAGAAGCUCUCCUUGAAGAGAAAAGAAGGUUCUGUUUUCUGGUUGACAAGCACUGUAGCUUUACCCAGCACAUGCACUUCUACCACGUUCAGUGUGCGGACUUCCUAAAAUCCAAACUGCCUGGGUGGGAGGAAAUCUGUAGUGAUGCCACCAAAGUGCCUGAAAAAGUCAGAAUGAUGAUAGAUGAGAUCAGGACCCCUGGAUCCACCCCAGUAUCGGGAACGCCGCAGCCUUCACCGAUGGUAAAGAGAAAUACCCUGAUUGGAAAUGAUUUUUAUCCUCACCAAGAAAAUGCAUCCAAAGUGCCCCCAGCUCCCACAGGCAGGGCGUACACAAGCCCACUCGUGGAUAUGUUCAACAAUCCUGCAACAGCUUCCAAAGCACCUUCUGAAAAACUGAAUCACUCAGCAGAGAAUUCAGAUGAUACCAGUUUAUCACGUUCAACUUCUGUUGCCACGGGAUUAAAUAUAAUGAAAAGGCAAAAAGUGAAGACAAUCUUCCCACAUACUGCUGGAAGCAACAAGACAUUGCUCAGCUUUGCCCAGGGCGAUAUCAUCACCCUGCUGGUGGCUGAGGAAAAGGAUGGCUGGCUUUAUGGAGAGCAUGACACAACCAGACUAAAAGGAUGGUUUCCAUCAUCAUACACCAGACCACUGGAUGAAUCAGCGGAAGAAAAAGCCUUUGCCCCAGUGCCAAGCCCUGCACCAAUCCGAAGUGUGAGCUCUGUGAACCUUGUGGAGAAAGGAGAAGUUGUCCUCCCACCACCAGACUACCUGGGGGCUGCACAGACAGACAGACGGAUGGAGCCUGCCAAAGGUGCUGCUGUGAAAACUCCGACCGACAGAGCGGAGCAGCCAGGCCCGAAACCUGACAUGAAUGGCAUUAUAAAACCACCUUUUCUAAGUGGAGAAAACCCCUUUGCAACGGUGAAACUCAGACCCACAGUAACAAAUGACAGAUCAGCGCCGAUUAUCCGAUGAAUACACAGCUCAGACACGUGGGCUUCCUCCUUACCAACACCCAGUUUCAGCAAUGACAAGUACUAUCUCAACUUGGCCUAAAAAUUUAUUUAAAUGUAAUUACUGUACAAUAGACACAUACUGGAAUGGAGCUCUGAUGUUUUUAAAAGCUAUAGUUUCUAAUGAGGUAAUUGCUUUGCGCUAGUGUUUGAGCACUUGGGCUUGACUUUACAGUAUGACUUUUUUUUGUAGUAGGAAUUGUGAAAAUACUGGAGAUAGUUUGGAUACUCUAGUGAAUCAAAAUAAUAAUAGCUCACAGAAUCUCUGGCAUUCAUUACUUGGAAGCUGCAAUGGUAAGUUCUAGAAUAUAAGCUUGCAUAUGCCACCUACUAAAGAAGAUAACAAUGAUUUUUUUUUUUUCAAACAGAACAAUGUAACAACUGCCUUAUUCCAGAAUAGAGAAUUGCCUGUAUAAAUGAUUAUCUGUUAUUUUGUGUAAGAAAGAUACCUUAGGUUAUAAAUAAAUAUUUAUCCCCUUAAGAAUAGACAACUUGUAAUGCCUUGCUUAAUGUUCACACACAAAUUUCAGGUGUCAGCAGAAACUCAUUUUCAGUCUGUUAUACUGUCAACACGUUCUUCAAUGGUAAUUUUGUCUUUAAAAACUAUUGUCAAAUUUUAGUCUGAUAAAAGGUCAUAAUAAAGCAGUGCCAUGAUUUUUUCUCAAAUGCCAGUAUAAAAAGCUGCCUUUGAAGUUCCUUCAUUACUGUAGCCUACCCAAAAGGAAAACAGCUUAAAGUUGAAAAUUUUUGGUUAAGGAGCUGAGCAAAGGCCUGAGUGCUGGCAGAGUGCAGUAGCUAAGUGAAACUGAGCUUUUAUCUUCAGCCACAGCAGAGUUGUGCCUGUGAUUAAUCCUUACUCUAAAUCAUUCUAUUUUAUACAUGCACAUGUUUCCUGUAGCAUCCCCUGGCUCAUUGGUACUUCUACUACUAUAAACAGUGAAUUCAAGUCAUGUGAAAUGCCUUUCAGUUACUUAAUAUCAAAAAAUAGUAUAUGAGCAUGUGCUGGCUGCUCUCACCCUGCCUUUCAAGUUCAAGGCAGAGGACAGUUUUCCAGAGAGCCCUGCACAAACAUCCACCAUCCCCACCUGAAACACUUUUCAGCUUUUCAGAGGGGAUGAAGCUUUUCAACUUACACCUGAGCCCAUCUUCUAAAGCACAGUAGAGGCAACUCAACCUAGUCUGUCUGAUCUUCCAAUUAUUCAGUACCAGAAUUAAACAAUCUAAGAUGCAAAACCUUUACUCAGGGCAGCUCAUGGCUGGCAGUGCCCCAAACUCUUCCUGCUGCAGGCAGAAGGUUUUGCUCUGUGAACCAACACCAGCCCCUGCAUGAAGCAAAAGCCUCACUAAUUAAAACAGGGCUCUGAUUGUGUGUUACUACUUGUGCCUGCAGUGAGGGAGAGGAGCUGUUGCCAUAGAGGUAGCACACACAGCACUUACAAAACUUCCCUCAAAUAUUGGAUGCCCUAAACAAGUACAGUCUUAAAC